AACUAAAGAAAGAAAGAUGGGAUGUUCAGAAACUAAACUAGCUGAGUCCAAAGCUCGGUGGCGAUCGACUGGAAUUGUUUCCUUACGUGACGCUAAAUUGAAGAAAUUUCCCGAUGAAGUUCUUGAUCUGGACAAAUCUGUGCGAACUCUCGAUUUAACGCAAAAUAAAUUAGUUGAAGUUCCUAUGGAGAUCAGCAAACUAGUCAACAUGCAGCGACUGAUAUUAGCCUCUAAUCAUAUUCAGGGAUUACCUAGUGUUCUGGGGAAGCUUCAGUCUCUGAAAGUUAUGGUACUCGAUGGGAACCGAAUUACUUCUUUGCCAGAUGAAUUGGGUGAGCUGGCAAGACUCGAGAAGUUAUCGAUUUCUGGAAAUAUGCUAACUUCCUUACCCGAGGCUAUUGGCAGGUUGCGCAAUUUGUCGCUGCUUAAUGUGUCUAGUAACAAGUUAAAGAAUCUUCCUGAAUCAGUUGGGAGUUGUUCUUCUUUGGAAGAACUGCAAGCAAAUGAUAAUCUUAUCGAAGAACUUCCUGAAUCUAUUUGCAACCUUGUUCAUCUAAAGUCACUUAGCUUAAACAAUAACAAAGUCAUCCAGAUACCUCCUAAAAUAUUGAAAAACUGCAAAGCUCUCCAGAAUUUCUCACUUCAUGAUAACCCGAUUUCGAUGUCUCAGUUUCAGCAAAUGGAUGGAUUUGAAGAAUUCGAAGAAAGGAGGAAGAAGAAGUUCGACAAGCUACUUGACUCGAAUAUAAUGCUCGGUUCCAAAGGCCUUGAUGAGGGUCUUGAUCUAUAACUCCAUUGCAUUGGAUCUUCUGGUAAGA